UUGGAGCUGCUCGUCAAGAGAGCCACCGAUGAAACACUUACCACCGACAAUUGGCAGUAUAUUCUUGAUGUAUGUGAUAAAAUUAGCCUGAAUCCAGAAACUAAUACUAAAGAAGCUAUCCAAUUAAUAUCCCAAAGAUUGAGUCUAAGAGAUGCCAACGUUGUCUUACGUACGUUGUCAUUGUUGAUAUCGGUGGCAGAAAACUGCGGAUCCAGAAUGAAACAAGAAAUUGCCACUAAGCUGUUUUUAAAUGAUUAUUUGAUUAAAAAAUUGGCAGAUCGUAAACUUCAUAAACAGGUUAAAUAUAAAGUGUAUCAAGUGAUCCAACAAUUAUACCAAUCUUUCAAAGGCGAUCCUUCUUUGAAACCAAUGGCUGACGCUUAUCAAAUCAUGAUUAUACAGUAUAAACAGUACGAUAUCUCGGGUGCCGGGCCUGAUAAACCGGCUAAAAAUCAAAUGACUAAACAGGAUAAAUUGGAAGAAGAUCAAGAAUUAGAUAGAGUUCUCAAAUUAUCUUUACAAGAAUAUGAAAAGGAACAAUCUUAUAAGAAAAAUUAUUUGAAUACUAAACCAUUACCAGAAACCAAAGAUGAUGAUGAUGUAUUGCCAGCGCAGCCUGAAUUGCAAUUGAAAAAAUCAAAUACUAACGUGAGUCACUCUUCUCAACAACCUCAAACAAUUGCCACCGUUUCUAAAGUUCGGGCCUUAUAUGAUCUAAUAUCUUACGAACCCGAUGAACUCUCGUUUAGAAAAGGUGAUGUUAUAAACGUGAUUGAAUCGGUUUAUAGAGAUUGGUGGAAAGGCUCUUUACCAAGUGGGAAAUCCGGGAUUUUCCCCUUGAACUAUGUUACUCCUGUGGUUACUAAAUCUCCUCAAGAAUUACAAAAUGAAUUAAAUAUUGAAAAUAAAAUCUUAUCAGUUGAUCUGAGAAAAGUUGAAAAAUUAUUAGCCUUGUUGAGUUCAAAUCCAAAUUCUAUUAAUGAAGAUGAAAUCACCUCCUUGUAUAACGAAAUCAUUCCAAUUAGACCCGACAUAGCUAAAUCAAUCGAUAAAUAUAGUGUUCGUAAAGAAGAAUUGAGUCUUUUGCAUAAUGAAUUGAAUUCAGAAAUUAAAACAUAUAAUGAAUUGGUAGAUAACCUGAUCAAUAGAAGACAUAGCUCUUCUCAAGUUCCUUCAAUUCCUAAUUAUAAUUCUCCUUACCCUUCUCAGCAAUUUACAAAUCCAAACUCACAUUUCUCAAAUCCAAGCAUUCAAUCUUAUAAUGAAUUACAACUGCAACCCACUAGUACCGGUUUCGGUAAUGCU